GCAGCGGCAGCAGACGCGUCUGGCUCUGCCUCUCUGUGCCGAGCGCUGGCGAUCGGAGUCACCCGGCCUUGUUCUGAGGCUGGGCACCAAGCUCCUGUCGCUGGCUACACUGAGAGUGCUCCCAAAUUCAAACCCAGAUCCUUCUGCCAGGCAGAAGCACGGGUUCAAAGAUGGAGUUUACUAGAAAAGGAAAAACCUCUGAAGGAAAAGGCCUGUCUGGCUACCCGCUUGCCAAGAGGUUUUCCCUGGCCAGUCCCUCUAUGCUCCUUCCCUCCAAGCCAUUGCCUCCCAUCCAGAAGAGCUCUCCUUCUACCAAGCCAAGCCUGAUAUGCAGCAGAGAGCAGGAGAAUGGGAAAGAUGGCAUUGGGUAUGCUGAGGGCAGGAGAAAAGAAGAGGAGCUGAGUUCAGAGGGACAAGGACAUAAGGCUUCCUUGCUGUGUUCCAGUGGAGGGGAUAUGAAGAAGGGGUUAUUGGGACCACCUCUGAUCCCCCCCAUAGGCAAGGCAGUAAGUCCCUCUCUUGGCAGUGCUGUGGGCUCUCUGCAAAGCUCUCUGCAGCUGGAAUUCCAGGAGUCCCAGGAGAUGAGGUCAGGAUGCAGCAGCAGAAGCAAGGAGGAGAACUCUGAACAUGCAGGCGUGACUAGGUUCAUUUUCUCCACGUCUUUCCGGCCAUGUCCCUCUUCGCUCCUUCCCUCAAAGCCAUUGCCUCCCAUCAGGAUCAGCUCUCCUUCUUCUAACAAUAAUAAAAUGUACAGCAUGGAGAAAGAGAACAAGGACAUUGGCACUGGCUAUGAUAAUGACAGUAGAAAACACCAGGAGCAGAGUUCAGAAGAAAAAUGUUAUAAGGCUUCCUUGCUGUAUUCCAGUGGAGGGGAUAUGAAGAAGGGGUUAUUGGGACCACCUCUGAUCCCCCCCAUAGGCAAGGCAGCCAAGAUCCAGCAGCAGAAGCAAGGAGGAAAACUCUGA